GCUCUCCAGGCGGAACCACCACCAUUACAUCAUCCACAUCAUCCGUCCCCUGCGCCGUGCGUUGGACGUGGGCGCUGUUUUAAUCCCCGGGUCCGGGGGAAAGGGACGCUGCUGCUGCGCGGAUUAUUCCAGCAGCGCAUCCACGCCGUCUGCGGGGAGGGAUGGCGUCUGAAUGAGCGGGUGGGAGGAGGAGGAGGAGAGACGUGCACCGUCAUCAGCAUCUGUCCGCCAGCUCCCUUUGUGCUCACCGGAGAAUGUGAAUGGCGAAAGAUGCCAUGAUGGCAGAGGUAGACUCGGACCCCCCCGGUGGAGGGCCUCCUGCCCCCCCGCCGCCGCCACCACCACCACCACCACCGCCGUUCCCCUACGAGGAGUACGAGUGCAAGAUCUGCUACAACUACUUCGACCUUGGCCGGCGGGCGCCCAAGAUCCUGGAGUGCCUGCACACGUUCUGCGAGGAGUGCCUGCACACGCUGCACCUCCGGGAGGAGCGGCCGUGGCGCGUCAGCUGCCCCGUGUGCCGCCACCGCACCCCGGUGCCGGACUACCGCGUGCAGAACCUGCCCAACAACACCAAGGUGACGGAGGACUUCCCUCUCUACAUCGACUCGGACCCGCUCCCGCAGGACGCGCUGCCGCCGCAGCCGCCGCCGCUGCACCCGGCGCUGGUGGCGCUCCGGCGGGAGGAGGCGCAUCAUCACGCGUCCUCGGCCGCCGGCUCCAGCAGCCAGGCCACGGCCACGGCAACGGCCACGCCGUCCAGCACCGUGUCCACCGUGUCCACGGCCACCACCCUCUCCCAGGACUCGGUGCGCCACGACAGCUGCCAGAGCUGCAAGCGGGUGGCGCUGACCACCGGCUGCGUGUGCGUCAUCUUCUCCUUCCUGUCCAUGCUGGUGCUGCUGUUCAUGGGCCUGAUCUUCGUGCACAGCCACAGCAUCCCCCCCUCGCCCGCGGGACCCAUCUGCCUGUCGGUGGCCAGCAUCCUGGCCAUGUUCUCCGUGGUGGUCACGUGGCUCAUCUGCUGGCUCAAAUACAGACCGGACCACGAGACCGGCCGCGCGUCCGCCACCGGCAGCUCCCGCAGGAACGCGUGACGGGCUGAUGCUGAUGCUGAUGCUGAUGCUGAUGCUGCUGAUGCUGAUGCUGAUGCUGCUGCCUGGGACUCCUGCUGGAGAUCAUCAUGUACAUAGUAGUAGCCUCCUGGCACCUGAGGAAUCCUGCUCCCUUUAGCUUUUUUUAAGGGACAAAUCUUACCCAAAAUAGCCUUUUAUCAGAAUAGCAAACACCCAAAGGCCUUCAUGUUGUAUGGAGCAAUAGGCCGACAUGAUCCUUGAUAAUCACUUCCUAAAGUUAUGCACUUAAAUUGAAGCACUGGGUAUCUUGAACUCACAGACCCUUUGCUCUUGGUCUAGGUUGGAUAUGGUUUGAUGACUGAAUGUGAAGUGCUUAGUCCAGGCUUUGAGCCCCCGCCCCCCCCCCCUCCACUUUAUCCUGCUAUAUAUGAUGCAUUUCCCACUAUGCCACUCUGUAUGAUAAAUGCCCAGGAUGAUUCACACACAUCUUAACAAAGCACUAGUGUAAUGUUCACUUCUGAGUUUUUAGGUGAUGGGAUUUAUGGUGGUUUACUCUGUAUAUUUAUGUGCUGAGCCUUUAAUCUCAUUCCAUCGCCAAUAAACUGUAUCCACAACCCAGACGUGUAAAUAGUUCACCAGAACCGAGACCUGGUGUGAUCAGCCUUUCCUAUGGACCUCGUGCUUUAACGUUAUCUUGCAGGAUGGCACUGCUUCCACUGUCACCUUGAAUGUGUCACUUAGACAAAAGAAUGGCUUGGGAUUUUGGACCUGUGUUUUUUUUUUCCUUUCUGCUUUUGUGCAUGUUUGGCUACUGAAAGUUUGUUGGUUUUUUUUUUCUUCCAAACAGAAGGGACACUGUGCCCCCUGACUCAUGUGCCUCUCCUCAUUUUCCACUGAAGAAAAAUUCCACUGCAGCCACAAUCCAAAUCAUAGAUGGGACCCCUGCCACAUCCAACCUGGAGUGACCUCCCUCCACUCCUGUCAUUUAUUUAUGCGUCAAAAGUUCAAAACAGGGUUCAUGAUGGUUAGCACAUUUCUUUAUCCCCAAGAAAAGAUGUCAAGUCAUUGUAUCAGGCACUGGAAUGAAAGAGAAUGAUGGUAAUUAUUUGUAUCCAAUUCCAGCUCCAAGUGGACCCUUUUUUCCCUCCGAAGCCAUAUUGAGAAUCCAAUUAGUCACCUUGAACAAGCUCCAGGAGGAUGCAUUUGGUCCCGCUGUGGUCCGUCCGAGUUCAGUGGCAGUCACAAUUACCUUUGAAAACUUAAGUGCCCUGUGACCUGUGUGGCUUUUAUUAGGCAGAAACAUUUAACACAGCAGAGAGUGGGUGGUGACAGACUCUUAUCUCAUUUCCUCUACUAACCGCUUCCAGAUGUUGAGCUUUCCUAAACUAAAAGUAUUCACUUUUUAAGAAUUUGCACUCUUGAGAUGGAUUUUUGGUCCUUAUGAUAUGAUAUGACAAUAUUUCAGUGAAAUCAGCAUCAGACAAUGUAAUGUAGUGAGAAUACCCUGAACUGAAGGAUGGAAUGGGAAGACUUCAUUAUUAUGUUAUUUAUCUCCAACUGACAUUGGAAUAAUUACUUCAAUCAUCCCGUUCAACCUUUUUCCCAGCUUCGAUAUAGUGCACUUUCACCCUCUUAUUUGACACAAAUAAUGGGGUAAACCUUUGACCAGUGUCAGCAUAUUGUAUUUAUUUCAGAGAACCUAGAAAAUAUUGUUGGUUUUUAUGAGAAUUUGUGGUUGUUGUUUGAGUACCAAAUGUAUUUGCACAGAGAUUUUUUUCUUUAUGUGCUGUUUUACAUCAAUAAACACAUUUCAGUAAUAAAG